CACUCUUCCGCUCUAUACUCGCAGUAUCUCUUCCAAAAAAAAAAAAACUUGAAGUCUCUCGAUGGCUGGUGUUGAAGAAACCCUGGGAGAACUAAACAAGGAGUCCUUUGUUUCUCUUCUGGGAAAGAUCAUAGGAGAGUCCAAAUAUGUGCAGAACAACCCACCGGAUCUGAUCCCGGAGGAAGACAGAGUGGUGAAGCAUGUGUUGGAUUCUCUCCUGCCUCUCAGCACCACCACAGGAGGAGGUCCCUUGAUUGUGAAUCAUGUCAGUUAUUUCCCUGGCCGAGGCAAUCUUAUCGUGGAGUACCCAGGAACCGAACCUGGGAAGAUCUUGUCUUUUGUUGGAAUGCAUAUGGAUGUUGUCACCGCUGAUCCAAAUGACUGGGAGUUUGAUCCAUUCACGUUAGGUAUCAAUGGAGAUAAACUUUGUGGCCGUGGUACCACCGAUUGUUUGGGACAUGUUGCCCUUGUAACUGAACUCAUGAAGAGGUUGGCAGAGACGAAGCCAAAACUGAAAUCAACAGUUGUUGCAGUCUUCAUAGCUAGUGAAGAGAAUUCUAGCAUAGCUGGAGUUGGUGUAGAUGCACUUGUGAAAGAUGGGCUGCUUAAUAAGCUAAAAGGAGGUCCUCUUUUUUGGAUUGACACAGCAGAUAAACAACCUUGUAUUGGUACUGGUGGCAUGAUACCUUGGAAACUUCAUGUCACAGGGAAACUCUUUCACAGUGGUUUAGCACACAAGGCUAUAAAUUCUUUGGAGCUAGCCAUGGAGGCACUUAAAGAGAUACAAUCACGAUUUUAUAAGGACUUUCCCCCUCAUCCAAAAGAACAAAACUAUGGAUUUGCAACGGCGUCAACAAUGAAACCAACUCAGUGGAAUUAUCCUGGAGGUGGGAUCAAUCAAAUUCCUGCUGAAUGUACGAUUUCAGGAGAUGUCAGGUUAACUCCCUUCUACAAUGUCACAGAUGUUAAAAAAAAGCUACAAGAAUAUGUGGAUGACAUAAAUGAGAACAUAGAGAAGCUAGAUACAAGGGGUCCAGUUUCAAAAUAUGUCCUACCUGAUGAAAACUUAAGGGGAAGCCUUACUUUGACUUUUGAUGAGGCGAUGUCUGGAGUUGCAUGUGAUCUUGAUUCUCGUGGCUUUCAUGUAUUGUGUAAGGCUACUGAAAAGAUAGUUGGGCAUGUAAAACCAUAUUCAAUCACUGGAAGUUUGCCACUGAUUCGAGAGUUGCAAGAUGAAGGUUUUGAUGUUCAAACUACAGGCUACGGUUUAAUGGCCACAUAUCAUGCCAAGAAUGAGUAUUGCCUACUUUCAGAUAUGUGCCAAGGCUACAAAGUUUUUGUGAGCAUCAUCUCCCAGUUAGAAGAUUGAUCUGAAUAAAAAAAUGGAUUCCUAGAUGAUAAUAACACCUGAUCACUGCUCAUAUAUGAGUUAUUUAUAGACGAAAAAUGUAAAAGAAAUAUAAUGUUCUGAAUUUGGCAAGGAUUUUGCUCAUUUGUCAGCUUCCUGGCCAAGAUCUGCCAUUUACAGAUACAGGUUUUCUUACAACAAAAAUAAAAUAUUUGGAUUUGAGACGACACAACAAUUAAUUGAGAAUUAUAAAAAUGAAACUUAUUAUUAUAA